GGAUGGACUGAGGAUGAUUUGCGCCUUUACAGCAAGGCACGCCGCUUGGUGUGCCGUGAUACGUUCGUGACAGAAUCCUGGGAAAUAUUUCACUAAUUGAGCUGGCUACUAACUCCUAUCUAAACUAACAGGACAGUCUGUUCCAGAGAUCCUACAGGAGUCAGAAGAGCCGGACAGCAACAGGUCUCAGGACUACAAUGAGCAUUCAGUCUGCCAUCAACAAAGAGCUCUUCAUCCCUCGGGAUGAGCGGAUGUUGGUUGCGGUGGAGGUGUCGAGGAGGAAGAGGAAGAGGAUGUCCUUCCUGCCCACUGGAGCCGGAGGAGACUACAACACGUUCAUCUGUGUUUCAGUGACCAACACAAGGCCACAUCAGCUCCUCAUUACAAAGGUGAAGCAGUUUGGUGGCUCCUCCACCUUCACAAAGAGGACCCAGUGGACGGUGGAGAAGCUCCGCCAGGUCAACGGCAUCAACCCUAACAAGGACUGCCCGGAGUUUGACCUGGUGUUUGACGGGGCUGUGGACCAAUGGGUGGCCAGCUCCUCAGCAGAGAAGUGUCUCUUCAUCCAGAUCCUGUACCAUGCCUGCAAGACCUACUGGGAAGGAAAAGUAGGAAGUCUAGGAAAAGUGGUCCGCCAGAGGAGUCAGAGCGCCCCCCUCGAGGUGGGAGCCGGGCGCAGCGUCCCCUCACCGGUCCCUGCACCCAGAACCCUGCAGUCCAGGAGGAAGAGCUACGUUCCUCCCAGACAGACAGAGUUCAUCAACUGCCAACCCAAACUCACAGCAGAAGCUUGCACCAUGAAUCUGGUGAUCUUCCGCUGCAAAGUCUUCAUGAAUCGACUGAAGAACAGGAUGGUUGCCAACAAAAGCCGAUCACCUGCUCGGGGUCAACCAGGGCAGCGUGUCACAGGGAGCACUCUGGGUAAUGUAGUCCACAGGAUGAAUGUGGCUCUGGGGGAGCGUGGAGACAAGCUGAGUCUCACCGAGGACAAGACUGUGGAGCUGAUGCACAAAGCCCAGCAGUUUGCAGACACUGCGCACAAGCUGGCCCUGAAGUAUUCAAAGUGAAGACUGCUGGAUGAAGAAUGAAAUCCUCCAGGACGUUAAAGAUGAAUCCUGUAACAGCAACACUAACACUGUCUUAAAUAACGAAAUACGUUGUGCUUAAUGUGCCUCAAAUGAAUAUUCUGUUCUUCAAGAGAAAAAAAGCUGGACUUUUGAAUUUAAUCUACAAUUAUUGGAAAUGUAUUGAAAAGCCAUGCACAGCUUCCUUGACUCGUUCAUAUUUUGGAUUAAAAAGAUGUGCCUAACCUAAGAUCUGUGUCACAGGGUCGUACGGCUCUUAUUGAAUAAUAUUUUUCUUCUUUGGAAUUAAUUGCACUAAAUGUUUGAUUUAAAGUAACACCCCACUUGUUGCCGUCGAUCUGUGUUGCUAACAUGUGUGUAAAGUAUGGAGUGCAGUGACAUAUUGAUGUGUCCCGAACACUCAAACUGUUACUCUAUACUGUGUCUGCUGUACUGUCUUCCGUCUGUGUGUGUCCUGUUUUUAACAACCGCAACAACAAAGCUGGUACUGUUUCACCUUCUGAGUUUUUGUGUGUAUCACAGGGGCAAAAUGAGCCCCCAGAGAGACCUACUGUGGCGGGAACGACAAGUACUCUCCAGGUGUUUAUACUUCUGUCUGUGUCUAUUUAUCUGUCUGUUGUCUAUCUGUCUGUCUCUAUUUGUAAUGAUUCUGUCACUGUGAUGGCGGGUGACAACACCUUGCAAGAUGCAGUCACACAACUUUAUAGGAGUGAUUAACAUUGGGAGUCUAUAAUCAAAAAGUAGAAAAGGUUGAGUUCAAGCAAAAUGUUGACUUAAUGUUUGCAUCUCUUCUUUCAGUUAUUUGUAAUGCAGAUGCAAACACUGUGUGGAGUCUGUUAUUUUAAACUAAAUUAAUAUUUGUUAUUAGAUUUUUUUGAUUCAUUGACUAAAUUAAUUUUGAUCACUUGUUAUUUUACGUUUUCUUUAUUACUUUUGGCUACAGUUGAAUGUGUGUGAUGUGAAUAUGUCUCUGUUGUGCUAACUCAAUGACAGUGUGUCCACUCUUCUCUGUGAACCAUUAAAGCCUUUACCUGAA